UGCUUAUUUUCAGUUCCACUUGGUUUUUGUUUGUUUGUUUGUUUGUUUGUUUGUUUGUUGUUGCGCAUGCUCAGUGAUACUAUAGCGCCUUUGUGUGUGUAUGUGUGUGUAUGUGUGUGUGUCUCAGGACCAGUUCAGGGUCUGUCGGUGCUAAAACUACUUUAGCUACCCGCCGUUUCUCUCGUCUUCAACAACACACAGAGGUAGCCGAGCUCCUCCACUGGCUAAAUCAUGGUGAAUGUAAAGAAACGGAAAGGUCGAGUCGUUAUCGACUCUGACUCUGAAGACAGCGCCAGUGAUGAUAAUUUAGAUCAGGAGCUCCUGUCUCUGGCCACCAAGAGGAAGAGGGUGGACUCCGAUGACCAGCAGGACGACCAGCAGGAUGACCAGCCAGUCAGCAAGCCUGCAGCCUCAUCAGACUCAGAGACAUCAGACAGUGAUGAUGAAUGGACCGCCGGUGGUCCUAAAGUCAAGAAGAAGGUCAAGCCAGGGAAACCGACGGCAACCGAGAAGAAGAAAGAGGCAGCGAAGAAGAAGGCACAUAAAGCUGCGUCGUCCGGGAGUUCUGGGGGAGACAGUUCAGCUGACAGCUCCGCCCCCGAGGAGGGGGAGGUGUCUGACUCCGAGAGCAACAGCUCUGCCUCCAGCUCAGACUCCUCGUCGGAGGACGAUGUCUUCAGGGACGGCUACGGAGAGGACCUGAUGGGAGACGAGGAGGACAGGGCUCGGCUGGAGCAGAUGACCGAGAAGGAGAGGGAGCAGGAGCUCUUCAACAGGAUAGAGAAGAGAGAGGUGCUCAAGAGGAGAUUUGAAAUUAAAAAGAAGCUGAAAACAGCGAAGAAGAAGGAGAAAGAGGAGAAGAAAAAGAACCACGAGGAAGAACAGAAGAAGAAGAGGGAGAGAUCGUCCAGCGGUCAUCAUGAAGACAGAACUCAUCAGGACCAGCAAGUGGUUAUGUCCCACAACAAGGAGAGGAGAACUAAACGGGAUGAGAAGCUGGAUAAAAAGUCUCAGGCCAUGGAGGAACUGAAAGCGGAGAGAGAGAAAAAGAAAACGAGGACAGCGGAGCUCCUGGCGAAACGGCAGCCCCUGAAAACCAGCGAGGUUUACUCGGACGAUGAGGAGGAGGAGGAAGAGGAGGAGGACGACGACAAAUCAUCCGUAAAGAGCGAUCGCAGUUCACACUCUUCAUCUUAUUCCGAAGACGAAGAGAAAGAGGAGACGCCACCAAAGUCUCAACCCGUGUCACUACCAGACGAGCUGAACCGUGUGCGUCUGUCCCGACACAAACUGGAGCGCUGGUGUCACAUGCCGUUCUUCCAGAAGACCGUCAGCGGCUGCUUCGUACGGAUCGGCAUCGGGAACAGUAGUAGCAAACCAGUUUACAGGGUGGCUGAAAUAGUUGACGUGGUAGAGACGGCUAAAGUGUACCAGUUGGGAACGACCCGGACGAACAAAGGACUACAGUUACGGCAUGGUGGUGACACCCGAGUCUUCAGACUGGAGUUUGUGUCCAAUCAGGAGUUCACAGAAAACGAGUUCAUGAAGUGGAAAGAGGCGAUGAUCAUAGCCAGUAUGCAGGUUCCCACUCUAGAUGAGAUCAAUAAGAAGGAACAGGCCAUCAAAGAGGCUUGUAACUACAAAUUCAACGACAAAGACAUCGAGGACAUUGUAAAAGAGAAAGACAGGUUCCGAAAGGCCCCGUCCAACUACGCCAUGAAGAAAACAUCACUACUCAAAGAUAAGGCCAUGGCAGAGGAGAGUGGAGAAGGAGACCGAGCCAAAGAGAUCCAGGACCAGCUGAAUGAGUUGGAGGAGAGGGCCGAGCAUCUCGACAGACAGAGGACCAAAAACAUCUCUGCCAUCAGCUACAUCAACCAGAGGAAUCGUAGCUGGAACAUCGUGGAGUCUGAGAAAGCCCUAGUGGCUGAGGGACAGAAUGCCAAGAUGCAGAUGGACCCGUUUACUAGACGGCAGUGCAAACCAACCAUGGUGUCUAACGCCAGAGACCCUUCAGUCCAUGCAGCUAUCCUCCAACACCUCAAUGAGAAGUACGGAGAAGGGUCAGGCAAAGAGAUGGACUUGGAGUUUGAGAUGGGCAGGGGAGCAGGACAGGCUGCUCUGAAAGUCAUCGACCCUACUAAGAACACCAGCGACCUAUCAGAGGACCUCUUUAAAGUCCACGACUUUGACGUCAAGAUUGACCUACAGGUUCCCAACGCAGAAGCCAAGUCUCUGUCAGUGAGCGCCAACACACUGGCAGUGAAGGACGGUGCUCCACGUAGGUCUCUCAACCUGGAGGACUACAAGAAGAGGAGGGGCUUGAUCUAAAGAACUACAGGAAGUAGAUGAGGGGCUUCAACGACUGAUCAAAUGGCCUAAAACCUCAAUCAGUCAGUCAACCACCUGCAUGUUGGUUGGCCAUUUGCCCCAGGGCACCAGUGUGUGUUUGAGGGAAGAGAGUGUGUGUGUGUGUGUGUGUGUGUGUGUGUGUGAGAGAGAGAGAGCGAGAGAGAGAUGUGUGACCGUAUGCUUGAGUGUGUGUGUGAGAGAGGCUGUCCAUCUUAAAACGAUAGGAAAUAAUAAUUAAGAGAAGACAACUUUUUUUGUUUUUUUUUCCCCUCGAAAGUUUUCUCUUAGAAGACAGUUGUCCACCUUUACUUUUUUUUUUCUCUCUUUAUUAUGUGGUAAAAAUUGUACUUGGAAUUGUGUUAUUUUUCUUUUGUAAUUUCUAAGUUUUUAUAAAUAAAUCUAACGUUGGUUCUCCCUCA